GUAUACCGCGCGCGGAUUUUCAUUUUAAUAAAUUGUAUGUUCUUUGUUACAAAAUGUUAAUACAUUGUACCUGUUUUAGAGGCACGCUUACGCGGUUAACCAGUCGAAGUAUUUUGCAGCAUACACUGGUUGGCAUACUAAGGACCGUUCCAAGCUACAGAGGCUUCUCCACAGUUCACGCUUAUCGCUCGAAAUCAAAACAAACCUUUGGGCAACUACUUACGAACUUUGCAACAGUCCGUGGUAAUCGAGAUAUACGGAUAGCGCGAUAUCGGAGUGAUUUCAGAAAUGCCGCUCCGAAAACUGAAAAAACGACCAAAGUAAAGCUUCAUAGAAAGGAUGUGGUACGGCUUAUUGGAUUGGCGAAGACAGAAAAAAUGGUGCUUGCUGGUGCUAUGGGUUGUCUAAUAAUCUCUUCAGCCAUUACAAUGAGUGUACCUUUUGCGCUAGGCAAGAUAUUGGACAUAAUAUUCGAUAAGAAAGAAACGAAUGCGGAUACCAUGAAGAAAUUGAAGGAUUUUUCCUUAGUACUUUUUGGGAUCUUUGUUAUUGGUGGCUUGACAAAUUAUCUGCGAGUUUACUUAUUUAAUAGUGCUUCGCUGCGCAUUGUAAAGGAUUUGCGCUCAAAAGUCUAUCGCCGCAUGCUAUUACAGGAGACAGGCUGGUUUGACACGAAGGGUACUGGUGAGCUGCUUAAUCGCUUAGUUAACGACACCUACAUGAUAGGCAACUCGUUAAGCCAAAAUUUAUCGGAUGGUCUGCGCUCCACCGUUAUGAUUACAUCUGGCACCUCUAUGAUGAUAUAUACCUCACCGAGCUUGGCGCUAGUCAGCACUUUAGUUGUACCAUGCGUAGCUGGCAUGGCCAUCGUUUACGGGCGCUAUGUUCGCAACAUUACGCGUAGCCUUUUGGACAAAUUUGCCGAAAUAUCAAAGUCUGUUGAGGAGCGUUUAGGCAAUGUUAAAACUGUUAAAGCAUUUUGCAGAGAAAUGGAAGAGAGUAGAGCAUAUGAUCUCCUCCUCAGAGAUGCAUUAAACCUUGGUUAUAAAGAAGUGCAAGCACGUUCCAUAUUUUUUGGGUUGACUGGCUUCUCUGGCAAUGUAAUAAUAAUCUCUGUGCUCUAUUACGGCGGCAUAUUGGUUAUAAACGAUGCUCUAAGUAUAGGCGCACUAACAUCUUUCAUACUAUAUGCUGCAUACUCAGCGAUUUCCAUUAAUGGACUCUCCAAUUUUUAUACGGAAUUGAAUAAGGCCGUAGGUGCGGCGCAGCGUGUCUGGGAAAUACUAGAUCGCCAAUAUGCCAUUCCAUUACACACAGGUCUAAUGCCGAAAGAACAUCCUCGCGGCGAAGUUAAAUUCGAAAAUGUACUAUUCUGCUUUCCUGCUCGUGCAGACAGCAUAAUAUUAAACAACUUUAACCUAACACUUCUGCCUGGGGAGACAACUGCGAUUGUGGGUCGCAGUGGAUCGGGAAAAACAACAAUCGCCAUACUGUUACUGCGGCUUUAUGAUCCGCAACAAGGUCGGGUGUUGCUGGAUAAUAUUGACUUGAAAGAAUUAAACCCGACAUGGUUGCGAAGUUAUAUUGGUGCCGUAAAUCAGGAACCCAUACUCUUCUCCGGCACAAUACGCGACAACAUACUUUAUGGACUUAACCCUGGCACCGGAAUUAGUGAAGCGACAUUUGAAGAUGCCAUAAGAAAGGCUCAUGUUGACGAAUUUUCUUCACAAUUACCAAAUGGUCUAAAUACGCUGGUAGGUCAGCGCGGUUUGAUGUUGAGUGGAGGUCAAAGGCAACGUGUAGCCAUAGCAAGAGCGCUUAUAAAGAACCCAGCGAUAUUAAUACUGGACGAAGCUACCAGUGCCUUGGAUUCGGUAUCUGAAGAAUUGGUUCAAAAUGCUAUCGAGCAAGUAUCUAAAGGACGCACAGUACUAACAAUAGCACAUAGGUUAAGCACGAUACGCAAUGCAGAUAAAAUUGCAGUCUUAGAAAAUGGUAGGGUUGUAGAGCAAGGACGUUACCACGAGUUGAUAGCAAGUAAAGCAGGCACAUUCAGAGACUUAGUACGCAAGCAAGCAUUCAUAGUGAAUUCCUGAUACUCAUGUUUUGAUAAACAACAACGAAAUGUUUAAGAAACCGUUUUUGUUUCUUAGUAUAACGACGCAAAACAAAAUCAGUUAAGUUGAAAUGUAGAAAUCCUUCACGUAUGAACUGGUAUUAUUUAUGCAAAUCUCUACUGAACACACCAUACCCUAGCCACUGAUUUUUGUUUUUAAUGUUAUUUAAUCAUGAAGGGG